AUGAAUCAGCAAUCUAGCCAGCAACAACAGCCAUCUACUCAGUCAUCUAGCGUUAACCAAGCCCAACAAGUUGAGCGUGAAAAGAUAUUUCAAUGGAUUCUUGAACUCGCCAAUAUUGACACUAAAGAAAACGCUCUAUUGGAACUAAGUAAAAAAAGGGAAGUAGUACAAGAUUUAGCACCAAUGUUGUGGCAUUCAUUUGGAACUAUUGCUGCAUUACUUCAGGAAAUCGUAAGCAUUUACCCUGCUAUAAACCCUCCGAAUCUCACGGCCCAUCAAUCAAACAGAGUUUGCAACGCGCUUGCACUUAUGCAAUGUGUUGCUUCACACAUUGACACCAGAUCAGCAUUUUUAUCAGCCCACAUUCCAUUAUUUUUGUACCCUUUCCUUCACACUGUCAGCAAGACUCGUCCAUUUGAAUAUCUUAGGCUGACAAGUCUUGGGGUUAUUGGAGCUCUUGUAAAGACAGAUGAACAAGAAGUCAUUAACUUUUUGUUAACAACAGAAAUAAUACCCCUUUGUUUGAAAAUUAUGGAUUCUGGAAGCGAACUUUCUAAAACAGUUGCAACAUUUAUUUUACAAAAAAUACUGCUUGAUGAAACAGGAUUAUCAUAUAUCUGCCAAACAUAUGAUCGAUUCUCACAUGUGGCCAUGAUAUUGGGUAAAAUGGUAAUUCAGCUUUCUAAAGAACAGUCUGCUCGAUUACUCAAGCAUGUUGUUAGAUGCUAUUUGAGACUUUCAGACAAUGCCAGGUAUUAA